CACACACACACACACACACACAAAGGAAAUGGAAAAGCCAAGUGAAAUUAGCAGCUCAAAAAUGUUUGAAGGAUUCAACAAAAGAUACAAACAUCAUUCCUCUACUCUCAAUUGCUCCAUGAACUUCCACAUUUAUUUCCCUCCUUCUUCUUCCCCUUCCCAGAAAUUCCCAGUACUUUAUUGGCUAUCUGGUCUUACUUGCACUGAUGAAAACUUCAUAACCAAGUCUGGUGCACAGCGAGUUGCGUCAACAGAAGGCAUUGCUUUGGUUGUUCCUGAUACAUCUCCAAGAGGUCUGAAUGUGGAGGGGGAAGCAGACAGCUAUGAUUUAGGUGUCGGUGCCGGCUUUUAUCUUAAUGCCACUACUGAGAAAUGGAAGAACUGGCAGAUGUAUGAUUAUGUUGUCAAGGAACUUCCAAAACUUCUUAGCGAUAACUUCCCACAGCUUGACACGUCAAGGGCAUCUAUAAGUGGUCACUCUAUGGGUGGACACGGAGCACUUACUAUUUAUUUGAAAAACCUCGACAAGUACAAGUCUGUGUCAGCUUUUUCCCCUAUUGUAAAUCCUAUCAAUUGUCCAUGGGGACAGAAGGCAUUUACUAAUUAUUUGGGCGGCGAUAAGACUGCUUGGGAGGAAUAUGAUGCCACUUGCCUGAUAUCAAAGUUCAAUGAUGUUGCGGCCACAAUCUUGAUUGACCAGGGUGAGGAUGACAAGUUUUUGCAAGAGCAGCUAUUGCCAAGCAAGUUCGACGAGGCAUGCAGGAGCGCGAAAGCUCCUCUCCUGUUGCGCAUGCAGCCUGGCUAUGACCACUCUUACUAUUUCAUAGCCUCUUUCAUAGAUGAUCACAUCCGUCACCAUGCUCAAGCUCUUAAUCCGUCAAGGGUGGGGAAUUCCAGGAUUUAGCUGGGAAGCUUUAUGGAUGCUGCUUGGACUAUCUUUAAUUUAAUUGUUGUCUUGAUUUUCUGACUUAUGAUUAUGCAUGUGUUUGUUAUUGUCUAAA